AUGCUGCUGGAUGUGACGUGUUUCUCAAAAUGGAAAAUACUCAGAGGCGUUCAACUUGGACGAGCUGAUCUGACGUUUCAGGACACUGGCAGCUUCAAAGGGCGUAGUGCACGCAACGUUUUGUCACGUCUAUCAGAGAAAGAACGUAAAAGCGGAGUUUUUGCUGGCUCUGCGGGAAAUUUUGCACGUGCCAUUGCGUUCCACGGUCAAGACCUCGGUAUUCCUGUAACCGUUGUUCUUCCACGUUACGGUACACUAAAAACGAUUGCUGGCCUGUGA